AUGGCAGCGGAGGCUCAGAAUAAGGGUCCAGAUGCAAACUCGCCAUUUUUUCUUCAUGCUUCAGAUAAUCCGGGGCAAGUUUUUGUCAGUGAACUACUGAAUGAGAAUAACUACAUGGAAUGGCAAAUCGACAUAACAAAUGCGUUGGUGGCCAAGAACAAAAUGGGGUUCGUAGAUGGUUUGAUCAAGCAACUAGAACUCGAGUCUAAUGCACUGUCUUACUGGAUUCGAUGCGAUGCUAUGGUGAAGGGAUGGCUCAAGAGUGGUAUGACCAAAGAGCUUCGCACGAGUGUUAGAUAUGCAAAAACGGCUCAUGAAAUCUGGACUGAUCUAGCAGAAUGUUUUGGAAAGGGAAGUGCGCCGCGGGCUUAUGAAUUGAGAUGCGAUAUUGCGUGCACCUGCAAUGGCUGCACAUGUGGUGUAGCUAGAGACGUAGAAGUCAUACGAGACAAUGAACAAGUAUAUGACUUUCUUAUGGGCCUCGGUGAGGAGUUUGCAACUGUGAAGACGCAUAUACUGAGCACAAAACCACUCAUGAACCUAAGUGCAGCCUACCACUUAGUGGUAGAGGAUGAAAAACAAAGGCAAGUUUCAGCCACCCAGAGAAACGGAACUGAGAUAAUGGCAUUCCAGGUUCGAGCGAAAUCAGAGAAGGAUGAUCGAGAUUCUAGAGAACUGCAGAAGGAGCGGAUUCAAUGUGGUCAUUGCCACAAGCGAGGCCAUACUGAAGAAAGGUGUUUUGAGAUUCAUGGAUAUCCACCAAAUUGGAAACGACCCAACAGAGAAAAGAAAUGGAAUGACAAACGAGGUGGACCGAGAGUAGCGUUCAUGAAUUCCGAUGAGAGUCCUAUAUCUGGUUUGAGUUCAGCACAGUAUGAUGGCUUACUCAAAGCCAUUAGUGAAGGCUUGAGUAAUAGUCAAAUCUCAUGA